UGCCCGGUUGUACAGUACAAUGGCGACCGUAUCCUGCUCGAACUCAUUCUAAGUGAACAACUCAUCACAUGUGACAGUUCUCAGAAAGAGCCCAAUCAAAGGCUAAGCUGCGCAUACGCUGCAUUGUUUCGCUUUAAAUCACAAACAAGAUGAACUUCAAUGUGCCUUUUUGGAGAAUGCUUUAUAGUCGUGCGAAACCAAAACUAAACCGGGCGAUUCUUUGUGUGGUCACCAGGACUGAUUGCUGUCAAACACCUGCAUUGGGCUUGCUUACUUAUUGCUUUGUAUAUUUACACACAUCAUUUUACCGGAUACCGAAGGAAAAAAAAUGUGAUAGUAAACUACUGUUUCCGUAUGCACAGCGGACUGGUACAUUAGGAUCAAACAUGAAACUCUUUUUUUUCAGGUUUAAUGUUUACGAUGGCCUCACUCAAUUUUCACGUGGCAUUUCUGCUGGCCCUGUUCGGUGCCGGUGAAUUUUCUGUCUACUAUUCAAAGGUUACGUUUCUUAACCAUGGAACAUAUACCAAACUACGGCAUGUCGCUCACACCGUUGCCUCUUUUACGAAAUGUGGCUUCUAUUGCAACAGUCAACCUGGCUGUGCCCUUUAUUGUGUUCAAGAUUUACAAUGUAUCAUGUACGGUGCCUCCAGUAACGCUAGCAGUGAAUUGUCGAAAAUUGAAAACUUUAGCUCCAUGAAGUGUUUUUCCAAGAUGGUUUCUCCAUUUCAAGUGUUUCAUGAAAAUGGAUUGCCAGUGAAUGCCUCUGAUAGCGAGACUGCCACAGAGAUACCCAACAAUACUAACACAACACAAAAGGUCACAUUUCCUCCGGAAUUUUCUGAAGCAAAAACGGACGGCUUUGAGACCCUGGCUGGCUCAGGAUCCAUUACCACAGCGACUAUAAAUGCGAGGACCGAAAUCGCAUCAACUGAAGGUUCAAACACCCAACCCACAAUAGGAACUCAGUUGAAAGCCUCUACAGCAUCAGUGAGUAACACGGAGGCCAGCAAUAUUGAUUCAGAACCUGAGGGAGAGAGCAGCGAGGAAUCCGGGUAAAAAGAAAAGAAAGAAACAAAAACUGGUCAUGUUCCUGUGCAUGUAAUGAGGACUACCGUGUUUUUUGCCUUUUUCUUCCACGUACUCCUUUAUACACAAUCAUGGAUCUUACCUGGCAUGCGAUUUUAACCACUGCAGUAUUUAUGAAUUCCACAUAAUUACUAAUUAUCUAACGUAGAAUUCCAUGAUUACAAAAGUCAAUAUUUCUACAUAUAAGGAACUUUAAUUUCUUAUUGUAGAUGUUUUCCUUUCCAUCCUUGUGUAUACGUUACUGUGUG